CAUCUUCAAUUUUAUUGCUCUUUUACAGGUUAUGCUUGGGAUGAGUGAGAGCAGGAAAACUAUUUUGGCUACCAUAAUCGCAAUCAUAAAACAAAUACACGACAAAGAUAGUGUUAAGCUUCUCAUCCUGAUGCUUCACAACAUCCCCUUGUAUCUUUGCUUGAUGGAAUUCGACGAGCGAGGAAGGAAGGAGGUAUUACAUAUGGUUGAUGGUUAAAGGAUAUGGAUGGAGGAUAGAGUGAAUAGCAGUUGAGAUAUGCAUAAUUGGCAUUUCAUUUUGCCUGAUUUACGUUGCAAAUGGGGGACCAGUAUUGAAAAAUUCCGAACAAAAUUCCGAUGAUGUGAAUGAUUUUAUGCCCAUUGCUAUUGAAGCUCAGGAAUUACCAUUGGAAAAGAUUGAAAACGUCCAGAUGAAUGUGGGAAAAAUGCUGGAUAGAAGCAUUGGUCGAUUCAGUUUAGAUGAUCUCUUUCAUGGUUUCCAUGAGUCUGUGAAUCACAAUGUUAAGCCAAUUCUCGAUCGUCUGGGGCACUUUAGACUUAGUGAGCUUAUUAAGCACAUUAAGAACAAGCCAAUUCUUUCCCAUGUGGUGGGUGACGAAAGGCCAACGACAAUUGAAGUGGUCGUACACAAGCCCAAUGGACAUCAUGAGACUAUUUUCAGUAUCCCCCACAAGAAGCUACACAAAUUCCACAAGCCCCAAGAGGAGGAUCAUCAUGAGCAUCACGAUGAAGAAGAGGUGGAAAAUGUAAAUCUAGGACAUGAGACUGAGGUCGAACUGAAACCUGUGAUUGACUACACUUCCCAAGUUUACACAACAACCUACAAGAAGCCUGGAGAUCAUCAAGGUAGGGGUGUUGCUGAUACUCAGGAUUUCUCCUUUGAGGACUUUGAAGAUCCAAUCUACAAACCCUUGAAGCGGGAUCGUCGUGAUGUUACUGAUUUUCACUAUCCGGAUGAAUUUGAAGGCGAACCAGUGAAAGGAGAGUCAUUGAUACCUGAGAAGAACACACGGCCCAAUGAGGUCUUCACUCCAGAGAAGGGCACUGAAAAUUUCGAAGCUGGUCAGGCUGGUGGAGUAAGACCGAACAAGGGAGGUUUGUCAGGUCAAGGUGUAGCGAGUGAAAAACCUGGUCCAAAUAAUGGAGCAUCAGAGCAUUUCCAGCAAGAAUCUUUUAAUCUUCAAACUAGCUCAGGAAGCUCAGCAAGCUCAGUAAGCUCAGAAAACCUUGGUAGCGUAGGAAGUUCAUCAAAUUUAGGAAGUGCAGGAAGCUUUGUUCAAGGAGUAGCAGCAACUGUUACCAAGAGGCCAUCGAAGCCAGAAAAAUUUGUCGUAACUAUUGAAGAGCAUCCCGACACAGCUAGUGAAGUCCUCACCUUUGGUCCCGACAAAGAUCCCAAUGUUGAGUAUCAAGAGGAAUUUACAGCACAGGAACUUCUGCAAUUUGUCUAUAAGUGGCUCCGUAAAAAUGUCGUAUUCCGAGUUUAGAUAUUCUCCAAAUAGUUUCAAUUUAAUCCAACACUCAACCUAUAUUUAUUACACAUUAUUUAUUUUCAUGUGCAAAUAAAGAGAAAAUUCUUAUCCAAAAGUAUCUCUACCAACUGUUCACAUAUCAAUUGGCUCUUGUGCAUUCUUCACGGCGAGGUUCAAAGUCAACUUUAAGUGCUUCCCACCAUCUCAUUUAUCUCUUAUUUUCGCGGCUCA